AGGUCCAUGUAUGAAAUCUUGGCUUAAAGUAAAUAAGCAUAUGCCAUUCGUGCUAUUCCGUAGUUAAAGGAGUCUAUGGAUCUUGCAUUCCCCGAGUGGGGUUGUUAACGAUCGGUUAAGGAUAACUAAAUCAUGAGACAUUGUUCGACCAUCUCCACAUACUGUGCAAGAGAGUUGGGUAGAGAUCGGCAACGGAAGCGUGUAGGGGAGUUUUUCCACAUAUCACGAUCGAGGAUCUUGUUUGCGCGAUAUAAACUUCAUCUGCUCAGAGCCACACAUCGUCUGGCAGGUACAGACGGACUUGGUCUUGCCGUGGUCUUGCGGUGGUCGACCAUGAGAUAUGGUCUUUCUUCUCAAGGUACAGCCGUCAUAGCUCUGUGCUCAGUACCCAUAGCUGUCAAAAAAAUAAGUGCAAGGGGUAGACGGUAUAAUCGGGGUUUUAUAUCCCGUCUGCGCGGGGUAAAGAAAGAUUUGAAUAUGCAGAAAAUAUAUACAUAUGCAGACGAAGGCAUGCGAGUCUCUUUCGUAUUUGACAUGAAGUGCCUAGUAGAAGUACCUAGUAGAAGUACCUACAGACUCCCCAUUUUCUGGUAGAAUCGAAUCUAAAGAAUAGCGUGAUUAGUCCAACAACAAUAAUAAAGAAUUUAAAAAGAAAUAAUAGAUGGAUGAUAGA